UGUGUAGACGAGAGAUACCGCCAUCACCCAGGUAGUGACUGUGUCCACAAGCUGUUCAUCAGUCGACACUGGAGACCGAGGGGGGUGUCUUGCAUAGCGGUGCUGUCUCGAGCCUCUCCUCUGUCUGAACACUGAUUUUUAAAAUGGUGAUUAAAACAAGAAAACAGAGCAGCGGGAAAACCCAAGCGACCUUGGUCGAACGGGACAAGAGUCCGCUUGUUAUUAAAAGUAACAUGAAACGAGCAGGCAGAGAGGGAAAGGGUUUCGGGAGCUUUCUGCCCAAUGUGAUUUCAGCCAGCAGAGCCAAGCUUGGGCUCACUCCUGGUGCUUUCAUGAAACUAGGAGGCACUCUACUGCUCGCCGCGCUUGCUGGAUUUAUCCACUGGUAUCACCUCACGCUCCUGUUUGAAAAUGACCGACAUUUUUCACACUUAUCUAAUCUGGAAAAGGAAAUGGCUUUUCGGACGGAAAUGGGCCUCUACUACUCUUAUUACAAGACCAUCAUCGAGGCGCCCUCCUUCCUGAGCGGCCUACACCUGGUCAUGAACGACCGGCUGACGGAGUACCCGCUGGUCAUCAACACCCUAAAGCGCUUCAACCUAUACCCAGAGGUGGUCCUGGCCAGCUGGUACAGAACAUACACAGGCCUCAUGGACUUCUUCAGUGUCCCCACUAAGAUGUGCUGGUCCAUCAACAGGGGAGAAGGCCUUGCUCCUGUUGACAGCUGCGAAGGCCUGGGCGACCCAGCAUACUUUUAUGUGACCUUUGUGUUCCUCCUGAACGGCUUCAUGAUGAGCUUGUUCUUCAUAUACGGCGCCUACCUCAGUGGAAGUCGCUUGGGAGGCCUGGUCACCACCAUGUGUUUCUUCUUCAACCACGGAGAAAGCACUCGUGUGAUGUGGACCCCACCUCUGAGGGAGAGCUUUGCGUACCCCUUCCUGGUCAUGCAGAUGCUGCUGCUCACCUACAUCCUACGGACAAAGAGCCCUAGCAGAACGUCCAUGGUGGCCCUGGGGGUCUCCACACUGUGCUUCAUGCUGCCCUGGCAGUUUGCUCAGUUCGUGCUGCUCACCCAGGUGGCCUCUCUGUUUGCCUCCUACAUCCUUGGCUACCUCAGCCCCACCAAGCUGCAGUCCAUCCUGGUGACUCACAUGAUCGCUCUUGCCAUGUGUUUCCUCCUGAUGUUUGGCAACUCCAUGCUACUCACCUCCUUCUACGCCUCCUCUCUGGUCUCCAUCUGGGCCAUCAUCGCAUUUAAGGAAAGUUUCACAGCAGUCUGCAGACCCGGGAUCAUCACUUGGUCCAUGCAGGGCCUGGCUUGGGUGGGCUCCACAUUGGUGCUCAAGUUCCUACUGUCCACCGUGCUGGGAUCCUCCGAUGACGCUCACAUCAGCGGCCUGAUCAAGUCUAAGUUCACCAGCUACCAGGACUUCCACACGCUCAUGUACACCUGCGCUGCAGAGUUUGACUUCAUGGAGAUGGAGACCCCGCUGCGCUACAUCAAGACCCUGCUGCUCCCCAUCAACGUGUUAGUGCUAGUGCUCAUCGCUGCACGGACGUUACGGGAUGUGUAUCACUCCCUGGUCCAUGGAGACGUGGCCAAAACCUCAGAGUCUGAGAGUGAGCUUGAGGAAGAGGAGCCGGAACUGAUAGCCAAAGGAGAGCUGGUGUACCACGGUCUUCAGCUGGUGGCAUUCUUCCUGCUAGCCGUCCUAAUCAUGCGUCUCAAGCUCUUCCUCACCCCUCACAUGUGCAUCAUGGCCGCCCUCAUCUGCUCCAAGCAGUUGUUCAGCUGGGUGGGGGAGAGGUCCAGGCUCCAGAUGGUGGUGUUUGCCUUUCUGUCUGUCAUGGCCGUACAGGGCGUGACCAACCUGCAGGCCCAGUGGGGGAUCAUGGGGGAGUUUAGCAACAUGCCCCAGGAGGAGCUGCUCGACUGGAUCCAGGGCAACACCAAGCCCGAUGCAGUGUUUGCUGGAGCCAUGCCAACGAUGGCCAGUGUAAAGCUAUCGACCGGCAGGGCCAUCGUUAACCAUCCACACUAUGAGGAUGCCGGGCUAAGAGAGAGGACCAAGCUGGUGUACUCGAUGUAUAGCCGCAUGUCCGGGGAGACGGUCAAAAGCAACCUCAUGCAACUCGGGGUCCACUACUUUGUGCUGGAGGACUCCUGGUGCACAAGGAGGACCAGGCCCGGCUGUAGCAUGCCAGAGAUCUGGGACGUGGAGGACCCCCAGAAUGCCGGCAAGGUCCCCUUCUGCAGUCUGGUGAACAAAGACGCCCGGCCUCACUUCUCCACCGUCUUCCACAACAAUGUCUACAAGGUCCUCAAAGUGCCCAGAUAACAGCUCUCUCCCUGUGUGUGUGUUUAUUUUCUUUGUAUUGGUAUAUAUAUAUAGAUAUGUCUCUCCCUGUGGGUAACCUCUCUGUCUGGGGGUGCCCUACUACCCUAAGCCCAAACCAGUGUUGAUGUUUAUAUCCAAUGAGGAGGACUAGGUCGGUUGGUCCACGAUGGAUCCUCCACUACCAGUGGAUGCUCUUCACAACCAUGAAGAACCUCUAAGUUCACCCAUGGUUCCUUUUUUGAUGCAAUCACGUUCUCUGAAGGCUUAUUUGGAGAACAUGUUUUCAUUGAUUUGCGGUACAGUUGAAUUGCAGUGUUUUACUCUGUAACUUAGCGUUUGGAUGUAAAUUAACCAUGUCUAAGUGUGUAAAUGAGCUUUUGAAGAGGUUCACUUCAGUCAAUAUAUAAUAACGUUUCCAAGUAUGUUUGUUUUAAAAGCCUUUACAACAGUUGCGUAAGCAGAUGUUGUUGUUGCCAAGUGUUUUUAAAGUAUUUUAUGGACCGCAUAUCAAUCAGGCCAGCUACACAUGAGGGAGAUCACAUAAUAUUCUAUUAAGCUCCCUCUAGGCCAGAUACACUAAUGUAGAUCUUCUUUUAGCAGAAUUCUUGCAAAUCUUUAUAGUUAGUAUGUCUAGAGGCUGUAUAGGUCCCCAAUGGAACACAUUUUGUUAUGUAUUGCCUGUACUGGUCAAUUCGUAUAAAUUGUAGGCAUAUUGAUAUUCAUCUAACAAUAGAAAGUCGUUCAUUGUCUCCCUAGGUUUUUGUUAUGUUGGUCAGUAGCAUUUGAUUCCUCAAAUUGAAGCAAUCUUUGUUUCCACUUGAAGCCCAGCAUAGUAAUAUUAUUAUUUUUUUAUACGGAGCACCCUUUGCCAAACGUGUAGCUUUGGUCUGUCAAACGUAGCCUUUCCAGUUGAGUUAAAUAGGUGGGUUUUGGUGGCAUUCAUGUUCUGCUUUAAUUUAGUAUUAGUUAUAAAGUUAGUUACUCAGUAUUAGAAAUGCACUGCAACACUUAAGCUGUAGUCCACAGCCCCGUCGCCAUAUGUUAGAAUAUGAGCAGUCCAUUGGCUUGGUUUGCCUGCAGACGUUCAUUACAAACAACACAAGCCAGGACUGUAUCGGCUAAAAGACACCUGUGAUGUAUUUGGGUAGGGGUUCAGGAUGGCUGCAUCCCACAACAGCAAAUUGCCAAUCUUGUUUUCUUUCAAAGCCACAACCUUCGCUAGCAUCUCGAUUCAUUUGUCCUAGGAGGGGGAAGGAGGCCGGCAUCAUAACCACUGGGAGCCCCUCAUAGUCACAGGCCUUAAUGCUAUGAAAACUGUGAUCUCUUUUCUUGGCAACAGUAUUUAACUGUACUUUCUCGGGACCAAGAUUUUUUUUAUUUUAAAUUUCUUUGUUUGUAUGUUCGAUUGCGUGCCCCAUGGUUUAAAGGCAGAGUUUAAGUGAGCUUGAGGAAAAAACACCUGCUACUCUUUCGUGGUACACAUUUUCACAGUUAAUUCAUAACUACAUUAUAUUAAAAGAACCAAAUAGUAUUAGUAUGUAAGACCUGAGGUGGCGUCUCAACCAAGUUAUCUUUGUUCAUUCAUUUCAAUUGGUUUUAAUUCAUGUUCUGUCAUCAGUUACUUCGCCCUUUGAUGAGUGAGACUGUGAAGUUGUUGACUGUAUUUUAUACAGUUUAUUUGCAGGCUUUGUUCCUAAUGUCUUUUUAUAAUGUGACUAUUUUUGUCUGCAUUUUAAAUGAAUAAACUGUUUUUAUUAGGAAAUUUAAAUUGUCAAGAAU